AUGAAGGCAAAUCCGCACGCGAAACCGACUGAGGACGUCGAUCAACCAAAUGAGCCUUCAAUCAGUCCCUUAUUGACACGCAAUACGGUCAAAGUCCUAGUGGGCAAGCGCAAGAUCGAAUACGACAUCCAGCGAGAUCUACUCACGAACAGCAGUCCCUUCUUCAAAGCAUGCCUGACGAACGGGAUGAAAGAGAAAGAGGAGAACGUCAUUGAGCUCUCCGAAGAUUCAAGCGACGGAUUUUCGUUACUUGUGGAGUGGAUUGAGUACGACAGGGUCUCACCCGUGGUGGGAGACAAGGACACGGUGCUCGCGAUGGACGCGUACGUACUAGCCGAUAAGUACGGGAUGUUCAACCUCCAGAACGGGCUCAUAGAUAGAAUCCAGAGUUAUUGGUUCCAGGCGCGCAUGCCUGCGUCGCACUUCAUGUGGAUCCUUCAGAACAACGUCGUAGAGCACUGUCCGCUGUACAAGCUUGGGCUGGAUCACUUUCUGUGGGGGAUGAUGUUGAGUCCGCGUCGGCAUCGGGAGGGGAAGAAAGGCCCAGAGGCCAAUGCGAGGAAGAGAGCCAAAGGCAUAAGCAAGCUAGUUGCACUAGGGACACAUCAUUUUACGCUUCGUCGCCGCCGCCGCCGUCCUUGGGAGGUCGAGGUCGACGAACUCCUCUCCAUGCCAGGUGUCGCGGAAAAAGUCACAGCUGCGAUGCGCUCCGCAAGCGCUGAAUAUCUGAAUCCAAUGCAGCAGGCGAUCUGUGCUUAUCAUAUUCACCCUGCUGAUGGGAAAAGAUCUGAGGAUGAGGCAAACGCAGAUUCUGGAGGCAACCUAGGUGUGGAUGCUCUCUGUGCUAGCAUGGCUAAAUUUGGUGUGUAUUGA